AUGGCCGUCCUAUCAUUCUGUUAUAUCCAAGUGCAGGCUUUGGCGGUUCUCCGCCUCAACUAUGACGCUCUGCGUAACUCGUGGUCGACGGCCCAGAUACGAGCCGAGCCCACGAUCGAACCCACGAUCGAACCCACGGUUAUUCCAGAGAUUGCCAAGGCCAUACCAUCGCCAGAGCCUAAGCCAUCGCUCCAUGAGAAGGAGGGCUUUAUUGAUAAGUUCAUGAACAGCUCCAUCACCGGUAGCUAUGGCUGGGAAGACCUGCAGGCGCUCUGCAGCGGCGGUGAUCGACCAUGGAAUCCAAACAUCAUUUUCGAGUGCCCAACACAAACAGGGGGUAUUGGGAACAUUCGGCAGGCUACGCUACAGUGUCUCCGAUAUGCCAUCGGCGCACGAGGGUCGUUCGUCAUCCCCAGAUUGGCUCGAAGAAACGAUAAAGACGUGUCGGACUUCAGGACGGCAGACAUUGUACCUUUUGAUUACAUGUUUGACCUGGCACUCUUUCAACACACGAUACGUUCGCACUGCCCACAGCUCAUACUAUACGAAUCGAUCGAGGACGUCAGGGACAACCCCGAAAACAUGACCACCGCGGGCAUUACACCGGUCGACGAACUCGAGUUCGCACCUGCUGACCCAACCGACUCGGAACCCGUCCUCGCUAAUCCCGACGCAUGGCCAUCACUUUUCGACGAGUGGCUGUCCAAGCAGUCUCCGGAACCACCAACGCCCGCAUCACCAUUUCGCGUCCAGUUAAACCAAUUUCACGUCUGGUGCUCAUGGCCUACGGUAUUCGAUAGCCUAGAGCUGACACGACACUUCAGCGAGCUUCUUCCCGUCAAGCCCGCGGUCUACCGUCUUGCCGGGACCGCGCUGUAUAACCUAGCGGAUCGCUACAAUUCACGCAAAAGCUAUCUUGGCGUGCACCUCCGUGUCGAGAAGGAUGCGAAGGAUUACCACUAUACGUCGUAUGAGACGCAGGCUGGGUACAUUCGAGCACGCGUACAACAAACCGGGGAGGCGUCCCCAAACCCAAUCAUCUACGUCGCUAGCGGAGACCACGAUGGAGUCAUCCAAUUCAAGAGUGACUUUCCCUUCGCGCAGGUCAUUUCGAAGCAUGACUUGCUCGACGGUGCCGAUCUUGUCAACCUUAACGAGCUCACGUGGGAUAUCCAAAGUCUGGUCGACCUUUUGAUCCUCGAACGUGCGGAUCAUGUAUUCGGCGUUCACGACAGCUCCUUCAGUUGGAAAAUUGCGUUGCGGCGGGCAGCGGCCGUAAACAAAGUCGUGGCCUAA